AUGGCUUCACGACAGUCAUACCUUGGAUACAAGCGCGACACCAAUCUGCUUCUUUCCUGGAUGAGGAACAAGACCAACAACGUCAUAAACUCUAGUGAAGCUUUCACUCAGGAGAUUUACAAAUCGACUCAUAUCCGAGUUAAAGACUUGUCAUCGAUGGCGACCCUCAUUGUGGCUGGUCAGGUCGAAGUUCCCUCUAAAGUCUUCUAUUGGCUUCGCUCUGUCAUUCGCGCAAGAAUCGCCCAUUACGACUCAUGGGUAUCCAUUGUCUCUAUGAAUCCCGAUGCCAGGAUUGAAGCAAGCAACAACAAUCAUCGGUACUUUAUCGAUACUCUCGUCAGCGUCUUUAUCACCCUUGGGGGGGAGGCCUGGCUCUCUCGGCCAGGGGCUACCCCGGACAAUUCGCCAGGCAAGCCAGUCAAGGGCCCGGGGGCCCAAGCCAUCCAGUUCAAGAAGGUUGCAGAGGCUGUCGAGGAUUUCAUUUUUUACAACAUUUUUAGCGCCCUGGACCUCGGCGAAGAUGAGCAGACGAGUGAACCAGAAUCUGAGAGUGGCAAUGAGGGCCAGAGUGUCAUCCAAAACAAGAAGAAAAGGUUCAACAAAGGAAAGAAGAACCAGAAGAGCAAGGCCAAAAGCAAAGGAUCGAAGAAAAUACACACAUCAGGGUCUGACAAGGAAGCACCCCUCGACAGCUACCGCAUUUUUGAAGCUGACGAGGAUCUCAUGGACGAAUACAGCAUGGCCGCCAGUGCCUUCAGGUCGGAGUGGUCGCAGUAG